CCAGUUUGCAACUCACAAUCAACCAAAAGGGCCAAGAAGCUGCACGUAUGGUGGCCAAGCAUCAAGGUCUUGUAGACCAGAUGCGCCGACUGGAGGAUGAAAUGCACAACUAUCGGGGUAACACUGCUGCAACGAAUGCACGCGAUGGCGAAAUCUCUCGUUUGCAAAAUAACAUGGAUGAGAUAUCUCGCAAAUUAAAAUCACAGGUGGAUUUGUUGCUUGAUCGCGAUUUUGAUGGACUCAAGAGUAGCGCUGGACUUGGUGGUGAUCAAUAUGGUGGGACAUCUUCUGGUGGACGAACGACUCGUGCGUAUGACUCCAAUCCUACUGGAAACAUUAAUGUGAAUAUUGGUGCUGGAGGAAAUAAUAGUAGCCCACAUAGUCGCACACAAAGCCAUACUAAUCCUGAUCGUAAUGUCAGCUUUUCUCCAAUCUCUGGCGCACGAUCUUAUAUUUCUUCUACAAAUAACACUGGGCUCGGCCGUAGCCAGAGCAAUGCUUUAUCUGGACCCUCUUCUGGGGUUCCUCGGACAAUUGAUCGAGAAUCUAGUCGUAAAAUUGUUGGCAUUGAUGAGCUGGAUGACUAUGAUCGCCCAUCAAGUGCAACUAUUGGUGGUGGCUCAUUUAAACUAAAUAAUUUGAGUCGUACAGUAUCUCCUAGCGGCAACAAAAGUAUGAAUUAAACCAAGAAAUAAACCUUAAUUUAGAGUUUUUAUCCUGAAUU